ACUUUCCCGCCUCUAGAUGUCGCGCACACAGAGCCUCGGUGGUCUCGCGCGCGCGCGCCCUGUCCGUUGGUUAAAGUACACAUGCACAUAUUGACGCGCGCUCCCGAGAGCUCACCGGACCAACUUUGAGGACAGCAGCAGCAGCUUUAAAGUUCGGAAGGGAAACCCAACCCAGCCCAGCACCAGAACCAGCACCAGCACCAGCUGAGCAGACAGCGGACCGGACCGAGCCGAGCUGCCGCCGGACACACACCAUGGAUGAUUUAGACGCGUUGCUGGCGGAUCUGGAGUCCACCACGUCCCACAUAUCGAAGCGACCCGUCUUCUUGUCCGAAGAGACUCCGUACUCCAUCCCCACCGGAGGACACUCCUACCAGGAUGUGUCGGUGCCGCCUCCAGUCCCUCCUCCGCCCUCAGCCGAGGCUCUGAACGGGUCUCUGCUCGAUCAGCCGGGCUCCCACCACUCCUCUCAGCAGUCUUUAGGUUCAGCCCAGAAGAGCUCGUGGUCCAGGGACAGCAGCAGCUCUCCGCUGUCUCACAUUGAAGAGGACCACGUCUACAGCUUUCCAAACAAACAGAAGUCAAACUCGGACUCGUCGACCGCGGCCAUGACCUCCGCCCUGGGCAGUAACCUCUCGGAGCUCGACCGGCUGCUGCUGGAGCUGAACGCCGUGCAGCAGAGCUCGCCUUCAUUCCCGACCACAGAGGAGGCCGCUCCGCCCUUACCGUCCUGCAGCAUCACCCACUACGAGAACGGCGGCGGACCCGACAUCAUGGUGAGCCCGCCUCCUCAGGAGAAACCCAAAAGGAACGGGACGAGGCCGGACGAGGCCCGACCCACCGUGGAGAGUCUGCUGGACGAGCUAGAGGGCUCGGUGCCGUCACCAAGCCCUCCGGCUCGUCACGGCGAUUUGGACUCGCCGUCCCAGCAGCAGGCCAGAAUCUCGGCUUCCUGCGCCACACGAGAGCUCGACGAGCUGAUGGCGUCUUUGUCCGACUUCAAGCCCAGUUCUUUGGGCUCUCUGCUGGAUCCAGCAGGACCUCCUUCCAGCUCUCCUCGUCCUCCGGUCUCUUCCUCCUCCUCCUUCGUGGCUUCUCCUUCCUUUAUUCUGUCCCACCCGUCCUCCUCUCCUGUCUUCUCUUUGCCCGCCGGUCUAGAGCUGCAUAUAGACGAGGACGGAGGAGACGGCGGCGCGUCGGCAUCCCAUCCGGGCCGCCUCCUCGCUCCUCAUAGUCCGAUAUCGUCCCUCUCUGCAGCCAGCGAUCCCGACCUGGACUCAGUCAUAGACGUCUCUGCCACCAUGCUGUCAGCCCAAACCAAGACUCUGCUGGUCCUCGCUCAGUCCGCUUCCUCGAACUCCAACCUGAUGAGAAAUAGUCCAAGUCCCUCCAACGCCACCACCACCCCGUCGCUUACCUCAGUUAACACCGUGCUGGACCACAAGUCCUCCAAGUCCCCGAGUCCGUCCGUAGAGCGAGUCUCACCCUCAAACACUGUCGGUAAAUUCUCCUGUGAGACUCUGAGUUACUCCACGCCUCCUCUCUCAGCUCCAAAGACUCCGUCCCCCCUCCCCGUCUGUCCUCCUUCUGCACACGCUUCCUCAAAAACAUCCUCACCGUCUCCGUCCAUCAUCCCGUCUCCGCCGGCCUUCAGCUGCCCCAGCAGGCAGCCGCCGAGCCCCGUCGCGGUGCAGCAGCAGCGCCCGGCGGUGGAGCCGUCCCUGGACGAGGCGCUCGACAAGCUGCUCGCGAUGAGCUUCGCUCAGAACCACACGGAGCCGCCCCAGCUGCAGAUGGAGGCGCAGUAUCUGGGCGGAGCGAUGCAGGAGGUGCACGAGGAGCUCGUCCUGCCCAUGGACAGGAACAGCGUGCAGCCCGACACCUUCACCAGCGCCACCAACACCAUCACGGACGACUCGGUGGACGGAGGCACGGACGGGAACGGAGACCUGGACUGGGCCGACGAGGAGCUUUCCAUGUCGUUCCACGACGGGCUGGACGGCACCAUGACGCCGUACACCGAGAGGCCGUACACGGACGGCAGCAUGACCCCGCUGACGGAGGCCAGCUGGAUGGACGAGUCCAUGACCCCGUCAUCGUGCCCGGGGACGCCUGACGUCGCCCUCGACCUGCCCCUGAUGCAAACUCCCAACAUGGACCGAGUGUCUGCAUCCGGACAUCUCAAAUCGGUCAUCAGACGCACGAAGGAGACUCCCAACGUUCACCCCAUGUACCGCGACGGGCACCUGCGCAGGAAGAUGGGACCCGUCAUCGUCAACAAGAACAGUUCUCAGGACCGCCUCAUCGAGGAGCUGCAGGGGAAGUUCGGGAUCGGACGCUCGGAGCGGCGCCGCAAGCAGUCCGACGACUGGCUGACGGAGGGCGUCAUCGUCACGUCCAAGCCGCAGCGCUUACGGCUCGACGGCGCCGGCAGCGAGGUCGACAAGGUCAUAAUUCCCCCCGAGUCGCCCGUCCCCACCCGGAAGGUGCUCCCGCCUCUCUCUCCCCCCGCCCCUCGCCGCCCUCCUAUCGUAGAAGAACCUAAGCGACCGCUCCCGGUGCAGCACCACCCCGUCCCUAUACCACCACCACCUCCUCCUCCUCCUCCUCCCCCACCUCCACCUCCCUCUCCUCCUCCACAACCUUCCUACAUCAAGGAAACAGUUCCCGCUUCACCUCGGCACUUUAUAAAAGCGUCACCUCCGCCGGCCCCCGUUCAGAAACCCCCCGCCCCCAAACCAGAGCCCGCUCCGCCUGUCCUCAAAACCCCAACCCGGCCUCCGCCCGUGGAGCCUGUGGCACCACCUAAAGUGCUGGUGUCUGUAGGCUGCCAAACAGAGUACGAUCCAAUCUUCCCUCCGAUGCAGAUCAUGGCUCAGGGGAAGGGCGGCGUUCCCGGCGGGCCUCCGACGCAGGUCAACAAGCUGGACAACAUGCUGGGCAGUCUGCAGUCCGACCUCAACAAGCUGGGCGUGCAGACGGUGGCUAAAGGCGUGUGCGGUGCCUGCGCCAAGCCCAUCGUGGGACAGGUGGUGACCGCCAUGGGCCGCACAUGGCACCCCGAGCACUUUGUGUGCACGCACUGUCAGGAGGAGAUCGGCUCCAGGAACUUCUUUGAGCGUGAAGGUCAGCCGUACUGCGAGCAGGACUACCACAACCUGUUCUCCCCACGCUGCUACUACUGCAACGGACCCAUCCUGGACAAAGUGGUGACGGCGUUGGACCGGACAUGGCAUCCUGAGCACUUCUUCUGCGCUCAGUGUGGAUCCUUCUUUGGCCCCGAGGGUUUCCAUGAAAAGGACGGGAAGGCGUACUGCAGGAAGGAUUACUUUGACAUGUUUGCACCCAAAUGUGGCGGCUGCGCUCGAGCCAUCCUGGAGAACUACAUCUCAGCGCUGAGCAGCCUUUGGCAUCCCGAGUGCUUCGUUUGCAGGGAGUGCUUCACCCCGUUCGUGAACGGAAGCUUCUUCGAGCACGACGGCCAGCCUUACUGUGAAGUCCACUACCACGAGCGCCGCGGCUCGCUCUGCUCCGGCUGCCAGAAGCCCAUCACGGGACGCUGCAUCACGGCCAUGGCCAAGAAGUUCCACCCGGAGCACUUCGUGUGCGCCUUCUGCCUGAAGCAGCUCAACAAAGGCACCUUCAAAGAACAGAACGACAAGCCGUACUGCCACGGCUGCUUCGUCAAGCUCUUCAGUUAGGUUAGCGUCAGAGAGAAAGAUGGCACGAGGUAGGACGGGAGAAGGUUGAUGACGUGGGAAGUGUGAAUGGAUUCAGAACGUGCAUGUGAAAGAUGAAAAUACUUUAAACGUCCCUGAUGUCAAAAAAAUGCAGAAUCAAUGAAACGGACGCGGACACGCGAUGUGUCCUUUUCCGUAACUCUCACACUUCAGAUCUCUUUAGUUUGAAACAUUACUGAACACUGUAGCUCGUGACGUACUCGCGUGUUGUUGCUCACUGGUUGAGCGAGUCCUUUUAGAAAUCAGAAGACUGCAGCAGGGAGCAGGUGACCUGUUGAUUUUAUAAAGUUUUUACAGCAGAAGAGCGCGGACGGCUUUUAGACGGAGCAGAGCGACGAUAAAAAAAAUCAAGAUAUCACUGUAGCAUUAACUGGAAACGAGUUUAUAACGUGUGAAACUGAUUUUUCUUUUUUCUUUUUUGUGUCUUUAGACUUUUACAGAUGCAAUCACUCAUUCAGCCUCCGAACAUCUCCACGUUUAAAGUUUGUGACGUUUAAUUCAUCCAGAACCUCAAACAGGUUUUAGUUUUUUUAGAGUUCGAGCGUCGCGGUGAUGAAUUUCACGUUAUCACGUCGUGACACGAUAACUUAGAUUGUUUUAAUGGUUCAGCAGGAUGCUCUCAUGUUAUAACGUGACGUCAUAAUAACAUGUUAUGUUUGCUGUUAUAACGCGACAUAUUUUUGCGACACGUUCAUCACGUUAAAAAAAGAUCUCAUGUUAUAACGCGACAUCGUAACAGUCUCGGUUCAUCAGGACGCUUUAUGUUAUAACCUGAUCAUUUAUGUCGUUAGAGAAAAGUUGAAUGUCAUGAUGUAACGACAUGUUAUAACGUGAUGACUUCUUAUAACAACAUAAGUCAUCACAUGAGAAACAGUCUAAGAACUUUCUUGUUGUAUCGUGACUUUGUCCGUCGUCGAUCUGUUUCUCCGUCGCUUCAGUUAAACUCUGUCGUGUUUUUUAGACAAAUGUCGCGUGGACGAACACUCGAAGAUUCUCGUCAUGUCGUCGUGUCACGUGAACGAAACUUUCUCACGCUGCCAAAUCAUUCCUCGUCUGAUCUGAAGAAGUGAAACACACACAGAUAUUUACACCGUGCGUCUCUCACGCCGCCAUCACUGUUUCUGUAAAUACCCAAACGCAGCUACGCCGGCGUGCUCGGCGCAGACACGUGUUCGAUAACCACUCGCUCGAAGAUAUUUUUACUGUAUCGAGAAGCUGAUGAAUGUUUGAAAGAAUGUGCUGUGAUGAUAACUAUGCAACACGAGCGUGAGCGACCGGCUGUCUGUGCCAUUGUAUCAGUACCACGUCUAAUAACACUGGCAUCAUCAGAACACUAAGCACAGGUCAUCAGUCCGCACCAGCAGCAGCUACUGUAGAGCCGACAGGUUGGUUCUGUCCGUGACGACCUGCAGCAGAUCCGUGUCGGAGCCUCAGACUUAAUGUAACAACUCGUCUUUUCAAAUCAGUUUAGUAGAGUGUUAUUUAACCAAAGCCAUACUUCCUUUGACUUGUUUUUGUGUCUGUUCACCUUUUAUGUUUUUUCCUUUUCACCUGGAAUGUCGAUAGUUAUGAACAGUGAGAUUUCUCACCUCUAGUCCGAUUCCGCAAAUAAAUUCUGUUUUGGUAUCAAAA